CAGCCGCAAUCCUUUUUGCUAACAUCAGCCUCCCUUCAUUAAAAUUACACACGAUUACGUUUAUACUUUUUUCAAUUCUUAAAAAGAUUGGACUGGUUCCUGUUUCUUUUAUAGACUUUCUGGCUUUUUCAGCUUUUGAUACCCCAUUCGAUAUUGAUUGUCGAUCGCUAUUGCAGUAUACUACUACUACUACUACUACUACUACUACUACGACUUUGAAACGAAACGAAACAACACAAAACAAAACACGCUUCACACAACAACAUGAAGUACACUAUCGCUGGCCUCUUGGCCACUCUCGCCACAUCUGCCUCUGCGCUUCCUAACAUUGCACGCAGCUCAUACCCCGCUGCCUCAGCAUCUUCAUCCGCUGCUGCGCGCAUCCUUCUCGGAAACUCUGGCCACAUCUACGUCGCCGACUUCAGCCCCAAGACGGGCAAGUUCGAGCUCACUCUGAACCAGGAGAUCGAGGGCGGUAACUCAUGGAUGGCCUACUAUGACCCCAACUUGCUCUACGCCGUUGACGAGAACUCUGAUGAGCUGAGACUCUUCAAUCUUGAUCUCGAGGCUAAUAAGCUUACCCUCAAGACCAAGAAGGCCGGAAGUGUCGGCGUUGUUCAUCUUGAGUUCAACUCGGACAAGACACGCCUCGUCGGUGCUGCUUAUGGAAAUGGUACCAUUGAUGUUUGGAACACUGAGAAGGGUGGCCUGGAGUUCGUCAAGACUCUCAAGUCUCCUGGAAAGCUUGGCCCCGAUAAGGAGCGCCAGGCUGCUUCUCACCCUCAUCAGGCUAACCUUGACCCUUCUGGUCGCUACUUUGCCGUCAACGAUCUCGGCACUGACUCUGUUGUCAUCAUCGACUCCAAGGAUGAUGCUUACAAGAUCGCAAAGAACAUUCCUGUUGAGGCUGGCUGCGGUCCUCGACAUGGUGUCUUCUACCCUCGUGGUGGAAAGAAGGCUACUCACUACAUCGUUGCUUGUGAGCUGAGCAACCAGGCCCUCGUCUACUCUGUCUCCUACAAGGAGAACACCCUUGCCUUCAAGCACCACCAGUCUAUCUCGACCUACGGCAAGGACGCUCCUGCCAAGGACCCCAAGACCGCUGCUGUUGGUGAGAUCCUUCUCGCUCCUAACAACAAGGACGUUUACAUCUCCAACCGUCUGUCCGGAAACGAGACCGACUCUAUCGCUCGCUUCACCAUCGCUGAGUGCGGAACUCUCACUUAUGCCGAUACCGUCUCAUCUGGUGGCCUCCUCCCCCGUAUGAUGAGCUUCAGCCGAACUGCUAAGCACGUCUUUGUUGGUAACCAGAACGGUACCAGCGGUCUCGUUGCUCUUCAGCGAGGUGCUGAUGGCAAGCUUGCUGAGAAGCCUGUCGCUACUCUUCCUGGCUCUGCGUUCGGCGAGCCUUUGUUCGGACCCCAGUAUGUGCAGCAGAUCCUCCUGAACUAAGCUCGGAGAUGUUCACUGUACUAUUUCUUCUUCUUGAUGGCGCUUUUGGUGUUUCUCGGGCUUGAUAGACCCUUGGAAAUCGGGCACGUUUUUUUUUUUUUUUUUUUUUUGUUUUUGUAAAAAGAAUUCUUGUUUAUUAGUCAAUAAGAUAAAUUGACAUUUGCUGUAUACCCUGGUAUCAGAAAAAGAUAACGCCUGUUAUUCGUGAUGAAAACCUGUUGCACAUGUGGUAAUAUGCUGUACCGUAAUCCGUAUACUCAUAACCCAUUUA